AUGAAUAUUAAUCUGAAUAUUUGCAAUGUAACUAUUACUGGGUUAGCAUUUUUCUUUCUUUUCGCUGCAUUUCAAACAGCAUCCUUGACUGCAGUAAGUUGUUUUCUAGUGCGUGUUACACUAGGUAAAUACCAUUUUAUGUAUAAGUAUUGUUACAGCUUAGCAAUUGUGUAUAUCUCAUUUGGUUUAUUCAACUGGUUUGCACCAAUUAUUGUAAUGUAUCUGGGAGAAAAAUAUUCUAUGAUCGCUGGUUCAUUUUGUUAUGCUUUAUACAUUGCUUCAUAUAUUGAACCCUUUGAGUGGAGCCUGUAUUCAGCAUCUUUCGUAAAUGGAAUCGGUGCAGCAGUGUUGUGGACUGCUCAAGGUGCAUUCAUUACUGAUUGUUCUACCAAAUCUAAUUUAAAUCAACAUUUCAGUCUGUUCUGGGGAUUAUUCCAAGCUAAUCAAAUAGUUGGUGGUUUGUACGCUUACCUAUCACUAUCGAAUAUAGAUGAAAUCUCUCGCACAUUACGUAUUCGGCUUUAUGGUGGAUUGUUGGGAUGUGCUAUUUUUGGAAUUUUAUUAUUAUUCACGCUGAGAAAGCCUCAUAAAACAGACAACAUUUCACACCAGCAGUUAAUUAAUAUGGAGAUUAAUUCAUCUGGUGAUAACUUGAGUGAAUUAACUCCAGAUUACUCAACAAUACAAAAUCGUUCGACAGUUUUUCAGUCGACUUUACACUCUUUACGUAAGUCGGUUAAAAUUCUAAUCACAAGACCAAUGAUUUGCAUUCUUGUGGCAGCAGCAUUUACUGGUAUUAAUUUGACGUUCUAUUCAAGUCUAUAUGCUUCUGCGUUAGGACAUUGUUUACAUUUCGGUAGAAAUGCAAAGUCUUAUAUUGGAUUAGCUGGCCUGUUUAUUGGGAUUGGAGAAAUUAUCGGUAGUUUCUCUUCACAUUUAACUCGGUGGAUUCGUUUAGAAGGAGUUCUAGUUAUUUUUGGUUACAUCAGUGCAAUCGUAGCUGGCUAUUUCACUUUCAUGAUGUUACCGACAAACAGUUCUAUAAAAGAUACGGAUGAGCUGUCUUAUAUUACUCCUAAUGUCUAUUUGGCUAUGCUCAUAGCAUUUUUGUUUGGUGGUGUGGAUUCCGUGUGGAACACACAAAUUUCUACUUUAAUUGGUUUCAUUUAUGGUGAACAUGGAAGGGAUGUUACAGUUGGGUUUGCUUUAUUCAAAUCUGUUCAAUCUAUCGUAUCGGGAAUCGCUUUUGUCUAUAGCACUUACCUACUAUUACACUGGCAAAUACUCAUUUUUGUUGUAAUGGCUACUAGUGGUUUGUAUUGCCUACUCAGUGUCUAUCGGUCACAUCUAUCUCGCUCAGUAAAUUUGAUCGCCUAGACUGAACGAACUUCUCCAUGCUAAUGUAACAAAACAUUAACACCUCAG